UUUGCUUGUGUGUGUGUGUGUGUGUGUGUGUAGGGCCGGCUCGUGUGAUGCAGGUGCCAAUGGGGAUGUCUCUGCUGACGGACGUUGCUGAGAGCGAUGAGAAAACACCUCAAGGACGACGCACACCCCUCUUGAAGCUGCAGAAGGCCAUGAAGAGCUCUGGAGCAGCCCCUACUGGAGAGUCCCCAAUUAACCCUUCGUGUGCUGUAGCGGCGGCCAGCGUGCGUGUGUUGGGCUCCUACCGCCCCCAGUGUGAUGCUGAGGGACACUACCUGCCUAUGCAGUGCUGGACGGCCACCGGAUACUGCUGGUGUGUGGACGCCCAGGGCACCGAGAUCGCCGGCACGCGCCAACGCUUUAGCAAGCCCACGUGCCAAUGAGGUGUGCUGACGUGAAGAGAGAGGAGUCUCCAUCAUGACUCAUCAUCAUCAUCAGUCUUCAUACUCUUCAUCACCAUCAUCAGCAUGAUAACCUCCUCUUCCUCCCUGUGCUUAUUUGGGGUUCAAUCAGAGUCUCUCUCUCUCUCUCUCUCUCUCUCUCUCUCUCUCUCUCUCUCUCUCUCUCUCUCUCUCUCUCUCUCUUAAUUGUCUUUAUUGACAUGCCUUUGUGUAUAAUGUCAGCAUUGCCAAAGCUUACAAAAGAGCAAUAACAUAACAACAAUAUUAAGGGCAUUUAAGAACAUUAUUAAUAGGACCAACAUACACAUGCUCAUCCACUUUCUCUCUAUCUCUCUCUCUCCUUCACAUACGUAUAUGCCAAGUUACUCACACACACCCACCCACACACACACACACACACACACACACACACACACACACACACACACACACACACACACACAGACAAUGCCUUUUGCACUUUCUUCAUUGCACUCCUUUUUAGAAGGUCUUUCUUCUAUAAGUGAUUGAGAUAUAUGUCAUUUGUAUUUUAGCCAUUUAGUGACUAUGUAUCUUCACUAUUUACGUAGCAUUGGACACAGCCUCUCUGACUGACGUUACACGUCACACUCUCAGGCGGAGAAAAGUUUUUUAACACUGUCUGUAUUUCUGUGUGUAUUUCUGUCAGAGUGUGUGCGUUUGGCUUUGGGAAACCAAUCAACAUGAAAUAAACUUCAUUACGUUUCU